AUGAAAGCAGGUCCACAAAUCUCAAUAUGUUUAGAAGAAGUGACUAAGAAGGGACUAACUGUGCGAUGGCCAGAAAGUGAAGAAGGCAAUGGUAUUAAAUCCGACCCUUUGUGUUACGAUGCGAAUGAAAUAAUCACAAGAAACUGUGUUAACAACACAUGGAUACCCUCCAAAGAUGAUGUACGGCCAUGCUAUGAAACAUUGAUUAUUUCCGACUUAGGAAGAAUAGCAUCACUAUGUCCACCUAGCUUCGAAAAAAUAUCCGAUAAUAAUACAGAUUAUUGUUACCAAGUGGAUCGUACUUCGUCAUGGAAUUAUCCGUGUCUACAAAGAGGAGGUGCUUCAGUGAUUACUCAAUUGAGUGACUAUGAUGUCAAGUCAAUUCUUAAUUCUCUUAAAGAAAUGAAUAUUUCAAGAUACUUUUGGUUACCAGCACGCAGAUCAAGACUAUUUAGUCCCAUAGUGUGGUUUACACCAGGACAGAUGUGGGGCCGAGAAGUAGAAAGUUACAAUAUAUUAGAGAUGCAGUCAUCUGUAUUUAAAAAUUGUUUGCUACUAGAUAUAGAGAUGGAAUUAAUAACAACAGAAUUAUGUCUCAUGGAAUAUCCAAGCUUAUGUUUUUAUACAAAUAAUAUUCAUUAUCCGGCAAAUUGUCCAGAAAAUUAUCAUGGUGUUAGAUUUACUACGGACGCAAGCAUUUGCUUUGGUAUAGAAACAUCUUCUGAAAACUUAUCAUUUGAAGAAUUUCUAAAUGAUUCGUGUACUCCAAUGGGUGAUGGAAUGGAUAGUGAUUUAAGUAGAUAUGUUUAUAAAGAAUUAGCUAACAAAUAUGAUCUAGCAGACAAUGAAUGGUGUUGGUUUUCGACGUCAUAUUAUGAUCUCAGGGAUCCCGGUGACUUAGGAAUUUUAAAACCACUUUUAUCAGAUUUUCGUGUAUCCGUUAAUGAUUUGGGGUCAUUAAAAUUAACAAGAAAGUCAUUAGAUACCAAAUUAAACUGUAUGGCUUGUCGAACUCGAAUGUUUUAUGAGGAACCUCAAUUGGACUUUAAAUACAAUGAAAUUGACAGCAAAAUUUAUUUGACAAUUUACAAUCCAACGGGUUUAUGGAAAUACCAUAUAAAUGACACUGGUGUUCAGUGUUUUUCAGAUGCAAAAGGAUUUGUACAGGUAAUUGAUGUAAAUGAACUUCCUUUUAUAGAGAUAAAAGACAAUAGUCUUUCCAUUUCACCCAAUGUCUCUUUAGUUGUUGAAAAAAUUGUAUACAUAAUUGAACUUAUAACAGAACGGUCAGCACAAUAUUGGUGUGAAGGCCAUUCUAAAAAUUUUUCAUUAAUAACUACUGAUAAAAUUAUUGUUAAUCCCCGAGGCAAUGAUGUGCAUGUAUUCUCAUUGGCUAUAAAAGUAUUUCUCAGUAACACUGAUGUUCAAAAUGAAUUAGAUUCAAAAAUGCUAGAGUUACGCAAAAAUAUUACGUUUAUUUUCAAUGCAGACAAAGUACUUUUAAUGGAAAUUUUAGAUUAUGCCUCACAAAAGCUAUUAGUGUUGCUACAUUUACAUAUAUUAAUAGAAAAUAUACAUCAAGAUAAGGGAGAAAACAUUAGGGUGGCUUAUGAAAGAUUAGAGAAUAUUGCUAAAAGUGAAUUAUACAAGCAUAAUUACACGUUUGUUAACAUAUCAAGUUCGAUGUAUUGUUUGCCUUCAACUUCUAUUGCAAAUGGCAUGACACUGGAAUGGGAAUUAACGAUGAUCGGACACAUAACAGCUCCUAAGCAGUUCUGUUUACAAGCUAAUGGAUUGCCAGUAAAGAGACGAUGUCUUGGAUCUUACAUUCUCGGUAGCGAUUGGGGUCCCAUUGAAGGAGUCUGUAACCAAAAUUAUUCUCCAACAUCUACGACCACAUUUUUGUAUGAAUUUUUAAAAGGAAGGAUCCCCGAGAACUUAACAUUUCGCUUCCUUACAGUCGGCUUAGGGCAAGCACUUAAAGAUGUCCGCUUAUUAAUUCCAGCGGAUAUAUACUAUUUAUCAAUUUCUCUAAAACACAUUUUGUCAAUGGCUCAAAAAAAUGAAAGUUCUAUAGAUAUGGGUUCUCUUUCACACACUGCCUGGAUCAUGGAUAGGAUUAUGCUGCUUGAAAAUGCAUAUCUAAGAUUAGCUCAGACACUCAAUUCCACAAAUGUUAUACUAGACGCAAUAGGUGGAAUAAUUGAAAUGUUGGCACAAAAAGACGCUCCCGGUCUUGUUACUACAUAUAAUGAGCCAUAUGAAAUAGCAGUACAGCCUCAUUUCAUAAUUCAAAUAUGCCAUCCCCUCAAAAAUAAUAUAUCUGGAAUUGCAAUCCAACAUGGAAAAAAUUCGAGUAGUUUUAUGGACAUGGAAGUUAUACCUUUAUAUAGAAACACGACUUUCGAUCAUGUAUUACAAAUAAAAAAUCUCGAAAUUGCAACGUGGAUUCCGGAAAAUGUCAUAAAUACUUUAAAGUAUCUCAAAAACAAUAUCGAUACUAACACUUCAAUGGAGAAAGAUAUUCAAAUAAUUAUUAAUAUUUUUCAUAGUGAUGCAGUGUUCCAAGCACUUGACCCAACUAAUUAUUUUGUGAAUAGUCGCAUAAUAGGUAUAUCAAUACCAGGCUAUUUGACAAAUUUAGACUUUCCGAUACCUAUAAUAUUCAAAGAUAUAAUCAAUACUAAUUACAAGCGAACUUGUGGAUACUGGGAUUUUGAUGUUCAUAAAAUUAUACCUGGAUUUUGGUCUAAUAAGGGAUGUUAUUUAUUACAAACAAUAAACAAAACGAGUAUAUGUAAAUGCUAUCAUUUGACACAUUUUGGUCAAUUAAUUAAUAUUCGAGAGCAUGACAAUUCUGAUGAAGAUCCGAGGAAUAAAAUAAAUACUGUUCCUUUAAAUAUAAUUUCUUUAAUUGGAAGUUUUCUUUCGUUAUUGGGAAUAGUGGGUAUAUGGAUUACAGCAUUUGUUUUCCAUGCAUGGAGAAAAAAGGCUGGUACAAAAGUGCUCCUGCAUUUAACAGCAGCUAUUGCCUUACCUUUGUUACUAAUCAUUAUUUUUAAUUUAGAUGAUUCUAUUUUUAACGAAAAAGACGGCACUUUUUACAUGCAUGACAAUAAAAAAACUUUAUGUAUUUUUCUCGGUGCGUUAUUACAUUAUUCAGUAUUGGCUAGCUUCAUGUGGAUGUUAAUCACAGCAACUCUACAAUUUACCCGAUACGUUCGUGUUUUGGGCGUACUUCGUCCUUCCAGAUUUAUGAUAAAAUUCACUUUAGUAGGAUGGGGAAUGCCUCUUAUUCCUGUUGCUAUUAUUCUUAUUUUGGACAAAGAAAAUUAUAUACCAAAUCUGCCUAUGACCAGAAAUGAGUAUGCGAUAUGUUAUCCUACUGGUUUUUUUUUAAUUGUAAGUGUCAUCGUGCCAAUAUGUAUAGUUUUAUUGAUUAAUAUAGUUUUAUUCAUUUCCGUGAUCUAUGCGAUUUCUCAUGGACCUGAUGGUAAAAUGAGAGCAAAUGAUAUUGAUCUUAUUGGAGCUCAACUACGAUUGUCAAUAUUUUUAUUCUUUCUUUUGGGACUUACUUGGAUAUUUGGAAUUUUUUCGUUUACUACAAAUUUAAUAUGGUCUUACUUUUUUUGUUUAACGUCCACAUUGCAAGGUUUUGUUCUAUUUGUUUACUUUGUAAUAUGUGAUCCUAUUACGCGUAAUUUGUGGGUAACAUUGAUGAAGCCACAGUUUAGGGGUAACACGCCAAGAGAGAGUAUUACAAGUCUUUCAAGUACAUAGAUCAAUGUGUUUUUUUAGUAAUAUUCGAGUAGUUUGUCUUAUAAUUCUGAAUAAAGCAUUGUGUACGUAAAAAUGUUUGUUAUUUACUUAAAACUGUGUACGAAUCCUUAGCAUAUUUGGUCAAAACAAUUCAUUCGAAAUGCUGACAUGAACACAGAUCAUCGCAA